AGAGUUUAUUUCAGGCAGGGUAUAUUCAGAAGGGGCUACCGGCGUUAUAGUUCAUAGAUUCGUUUCUCAAAUGUAUGCAGGUGUGGACUGCGACUGAGACUUCUCUUUAAAGAGAAUAGUUUCAUCCUCCUAUAUCGUCGUGCCAACGGGCUGCAGACUAAAGAUGAAUCGAAUAACGGCAAAGUCUCGGGAUGAAACGUUGAUAGAGAUGAGCCCGGCGGUGUCUUUUAGUGAAGAGAACAAUGGCUUCCGGUCACACUCCAUAAACAGCAGAGGAUCACCCCAGGAUGAACACCCUGAGUUACCUUUAACCUCUGCUGAGUCCUGUGAGUCUCUGUGCUCCAGCCUGGCCUCUCUCCCCCUCUCUGAGCACAGUGACAGUCCCAUGUCAGAGCCCCCCUCCGUGGAACGUAUCAACACUAUGACAGGGAUUUGGAGAAAGAGGGCCCUGUUUCUGAAGCAUCGCUCCAGGGUUGACAAGCAUCAGCAGAGUAAAGACUCUAUAUUUUUCCGGGAUGGAGUGCGGAGAAUUGAUUUUGUCGUGUCCUACAUCGUUGAAGACAAGGAGGGAGACAGGAAACCAGAGAGGAGGAAGGAGUAUGAAGCGAACAUGCAGAAGGCAGGUCUGGAGCUGGAGUUGGAGGACAAGGCGGAGUCAGACAAUGGGAAGACGUACUUUUUAAAGAUCCAUGCCCCUUGGGAGGUGCUGGCCACCUAUGCAGACGUGCUCAAGAUCAAAGCACCGUUCAAGGCCAAUGACAUCCCCAACAACACAGAUGUUCCCAUGAACUGGCUCUUCACGCCCUUCCGCCUGCCUGACCACAUCAUGAACCCAGAGCCGGACUACUUCACGGCACCCUACAACAAUGGCAAGGAGGACUUCUUCCUCAUUGACAACAAAGAGACUUUCUUCUCUCCUUCCGUUCGUAACAGGAUAGUGUACUACAUCAUGUCCCGCUGCCCCUACAGCAAGGAGGACAGGGAUAAGGACAAGAAGGGCAUCAAAAGACUGUUGAACAAUGGGACCUACAUCUCUGCUUUCCCAUUACAUGAUAGUUCCUACUGGAAAAGAUCCAAGGAUCCCAACUGUGAGAGCGACAGAUACGACCUUUACAAGCACUGGGCCCGGUUCUUCUGUUUCUUCAAGGAACAGCCCCUCAACCUUGUAAGGAAAUACUACGGGGAGAAGAUAGGAGUGUAUUUCGCUUGGCUGGGCUUCUACACAGAGAUGCUGUUCUUUGCUGCAAUAGUGGGCCUCAUCUGCUUUCUCUAUGGACUCUUCACCUUUGAUGAAAAUGUGACGAGUAAAGAAAUAUGCAGUGAUGAAAUUGGAGGCAACAUCAUCAUGUGUCCACUGUGUGAUAAGAAGUGUGGAUAUUGGAAACUCAACUCUACCUGUAACUCAUCCUGGCAAUCCCAUCUAUUUGACAACUUUGGGACAUUGUUCUUCGCCAUUUUCAUGGGAAUCUGGGUGACCCUGUUCCUGGAGUUCUGGAAGCGGCGGCAGGCGCGGCUGGAGUACGAGUGGGACCUGGUGGACUUUGAGGAGGAGCAGCAGAAACUGCAGCUGAGACCAGAGUAUGAGACCAAGUGCACCAGCCGGCGGAUGAACCGCGUCACCCAGGAGAUGGAGUUGGUUUUUGAAAGGACUGUAGGGGAUCUGGUGGCCAAAGUGCUGCUGUGCUGGACUACUGUGCUCCUGUGGAUCUCCUUAAUCAUUGCCUGCAUCAUCGGGGUGAUAGCCUACCGCCUGGCAGUGUAUGCCGCUUUCGCCAGCAUCAUGAAGGACAGCCCUACCAACAAUCUACAGGUGGUGGGCUCGCUCAUCACGCCCCAGCUGGCCACCUCCGUCACGGCCUCCUGCAUCAACUUUGUCAUCAUCAUGAUCCUCAACAUGAUGUACGAGAGAGUGGCUGUCUGGAUCACUGACAUGGAAAUCCCAAAGACUCAUCUGGAGUACGAGAACAAGCUGACCAUGAAGAUGUUCCUCUUCCAGUUUGUCAACUACUACUCCUCUUGCUUCUACGUGGCCUUCUUCAAGGGAAAGUUUGUGGGCUAUCCUGGGCAAUACGUGUACAUGUUCGGCAGCUCGCUGAGAAACGAGGAGUGUGACCCAGGAGGCUGUCUAAUCGAGCUAACCACCCAACUCGUCAUAGUGAUGGCUGGUAAACAGGUGUGGGGUAACAUCCAAGAGGCUCUUGUCCCGUGGCUAAUGAACUGGUGGAAAAGCAGAAAGGCUCGUAAUCACCCAGAGAGUCUUUACAGCCGCUGGGAGCAGGACGAAAACCUCCAGAGCUUCGGUCAGCUGGGUCUCUUCUAUGAGUACCUGGAACUGGUGAUCCAGUUUGGCUUCAUCACUCUAUUCGUGGCCUCCUUCCCCCUGGCCCCUCUGCUGGCGCUCAUGAACAACAUCGUCGAAGUGAGAGUGGAUGCCUGGAAGUUCACCACUCAGUUCCGACGGCCGGUGGCCGCCAAGGCCCAUAGCAUCGGGGCCUGGGAGGAGAUCCUCAGUGGUGUGGCGGUCUUCUCCGUUGUCACCAACGCGUUUAUCGUGGCCUUCACCUCAGAUAUGAUUCCUCGACUUGUGUACAUGUACGCCUACCAACCGGACGGGGAUUUCAGCAUGAAAGGCUACAUCAACAACAGUCUGUCAGUGUACAACAUCUCAGCGUUUCCCUUCGAAAACGCACCCGAUGAUGGAGAGAGCCCUUCCUGGUUCAACAGCUCUAUCUACACCACCUGCAGGUAUCGUGACUAUCGCUACCCCUCAGGCCAUGAGAGGCAAUACUCCUACACCAUGCAGUUCUGGCACAUUCUGGCUGCCAAGUUGGCUUUCAUCAUCAUCAUGGAGCACGUGGUGUUCUCGGUGAAGUUCUUCGUGGCCUGGAUGAUCCCUGACGUUCCCUCGGACGUGAAGGCCAGAGUGAAGCGGGAGCGCUACCUCGUGCAGGAGUACCUCCACGACUACGAGGUGGAGAAGCUGAAGAACCAGCUCAGCCAGGGGAACGACUGCACCUGCACCCCCAUGAUCUACCCGUCCAUAAACACACACGAGGUACUCUCUCAGUGUCUCUAGCCCAGCGCCCAGGGCCCAGCGCCCAGGGCCCAGCACCCAGCGCCCAGCACCCUUGUCCCUGUUCUCCCGCCUUUUGGAGCCUCGUUUGGUUCCUAGUGCAAACCUGGAUGGAGGGCGAAUCCCCUCGCAUCCACUCUGUUCCUAUCUGCUGAUGAAGUUCAACAUGUGACAUAGAGGAUACGUUGUAUUGGCAAUGUGAUAGUGCCAGGUGAAUUACCUUCUUGUCAUCCGUCCUCCCAUUAUUCCUUCCUCUACGCAAGAUUAGAUUCUUGCCGAUAAAUUGUGUCAGGGCACAGAGAAUGAGUGCCUGUUGUCAGCAACUGUUCUGCAUGUACAUAUGUAGACGUACACUUGAAGUUUUAAAUCACUACGCUUAUUGCUUAUUUAUGACUCACUCUAUUUACCACUAAGGGUUUCCCUGACUCUGAGGUAAAGAGGCUCGGCUAGGUGAAAUGCUGUACAAACACUGUGCAAGCCAGGCAGCUUCUACUGUAGUGCUUAGAACAUCACAACUGUGUUUACUUGAUAAGUGCCACUACCAGUAACCAAAGACAAAUGCCUUAAAGAGAAUCAUUAUUACGUUAAGAUUUUCUUUAUCUUUCUAGUAAAUUGUCCUUAUAUUAUUAUUAAACCUAAUAUUAAUGGAAGAUUUAUAAUUUGUUGUUGUUUUUGUUCAUCUGUUUUGAAGAAAAUAUGUCAAUCAAGGGUUCCAAACUUUGUUAAAGGAUUCUUGAAUGCAAAGAAUACAUCAAGGAUAGGGCAUGAAGAGGAGAUGUAACCAAAUAAUCAGAAAUGUUUGAUGAAAAACGUUUUGCCAUUGACAAUGUAUGGUCCAUUUAUCAUAGAUGAAGAUAUGUUUUUUUUCUUUUUUUACCUUGUGUAGAAGCAGUCAAACUAUCUACGUAUGUUUAAUUAGAUUUGCUUAAAAUGUCACUCAUUUGACACAGAAGACGUGAAAGAGUUUAUGAAGAAAAUGAUCUAAUCUAACCUAAUUAUUUGAUUAAAAUUGUUUUCUCCGAGAUCCUGUUUUCAGUGUUAUCCUCCUGUAAGUAGAUCCAUCCAUCCAGAUGCAUUGCUUUCAACAGUGUACCAGCAGCACGGACUUCAGCAAGUAGGCAACAGCUGGUGCAUGUUGACUGUAAUUAAGUCUGUGUGUGUGUGUGCGUGUGUGUGUGUGGAGGGGUUCUUUUCCUGGAGGUUAGAGUGUGAAGCCCUGAGAGCGCUGAAAGAUCCCUUUUUAAUGUGCCUCUGUUUACACACUCGUUAGUGCUAAUGAAAGCUUGGCCUCACCGACUGAUGCCUAUCGCAUCCCUGUCUGCCUCCCUUACACUAAACCCAUCCGUUAUCGUUUAGCUCUUGUGUCUCUGGUUUAAUUUCUCCAAAGUGUCUCUGAUGUAAAGGACGGAUUUAACUUGUGUCCUUUUUUUUGUUUUGCACAAAGCACUUAAUGAAACCAAUCCCUUCAGUCAGAGUAAAUGCUCCAUUGUCACUAGGUCAUCAGUGCUGGGAAGCAAGGAUCGCUUUUAGGCGUGGAGCAAGUGAUUGGUAAUCUUGCCAGAAAAAAAAAACCUCUUUAAUUUCCCCUGAAAAUAACAUGUUAAAGCAUGUAUAGGGUGAAAAGUAACUUCAUCUUUUCAGUUGAAUAAAAGUUUGUCAAUAAAUGAAGGAUAUAUACAUUAAGUGUAAUAAAUGUAUGUAAGAGCAUGAGAGGUUUUUUUAUUUAAUUGUGCCCUCUGUCGAAGAUUGCUAACUGUCUCUGUCUCAGGUCCACACACAUCUAGUUUGAGAUGCAGAAAUAUUAAUGUGUUUACGACAGGAAGUGACAUGAUAACACCUAAACAUUAUUGGACAGUUCCAGUUAGCUUUUUAAUUACAUUUCUAUAUUAAAUUAACGCCUCUUUAAUGCCUUAAUGAUCAAGUUUUGUAUCUUGAAAACAUACUGUAUUUUUCUCAAACUUAUUUUUCUUAUUUUACAUUUGACUUAGUUUUUAUCUGUUGUGUUUCACAAAAUGCUUUUAUUGACUAUCUGUUUUCUAUUCCCCUCAAUAAACUGGUGGUUUACAAUA